AUGGGCGAUCUCCAGGGACGCAAGGUCUUCAAGGUCUUUAACCAGGACUUCAUCGUCGACGAGCGCUACACCGUCACCAAGGAGGUUGGACAAGGUGCCUACGGCAUUGUCUGUGCCGCCGUUAACAACCAAACCAACGAGGGCGUCGCCAUUAAAAAAGUCACCAAUGUCUUUUCCAAAAAGAUUCUCGCCAAGCGUGCGCUGCGCGAGAUAAAGCUGCUGCAGCACUUUCGCGGCCACCGCAAUAUUACGUGCCUCUACGAUAUGGACAUUCCUCGGCCAAAUGAUUUCAACGAGACAUACCUAUACGAAGAGCUUAUGGAAUGCGAUCUGGCGGCCAUCAUUCGCUCAGGACAGCCCUUGACCGACGCGCACUUUCAGUCAUUCAUCUACCAGAUUCUUUGCGGUCUUAAGUACAUCCACUCAGCCAACGUGCUGCACCGUGACUUGAAACCGGGCAACCUGCUCGUCAACGCCGACUGCGAGCUGAAGAUUUGCGACUUUGGUCUUGCCCGUGGCUUCUCCGUCGACCCCCAGGAAAAUGCCGGCUACAUGACAGAAUACGUGGCAACUCGCUGGUACCGCGCACCCGAGAUUAUGCUUAGCUUCCAGAGCUACACCAAAGCUAUUGAUGUGUGGUCUGUCGGCUGCAUUCUUGCUGAGCUUCUCGGUGGUCGUCCAUUUUUCAAGGGCAGGGACUACGUCGACCAGCUCAACCAGAUUCUUCACAUCCUCGGCACCCCCAACGAGGAAACGCUAUCGCGCAUCGGCUCGCCUCGCGCCCAGGAAUACGUGCGGAACCUGCCAUUCAUGCCCAAGAGAUCCUUCCCCAGCCUGUUCCCCAACGCCAAUCCCGACGCCCUGGACCUCCUUGACAAGAUGCUAGCCUUUGACCCGUCGGAGCGCAUCAGCGUAGAGCAGGCUCUGGAGCACCCAUACCUGCACAUCUGGCACGAUGCUUCGGACGAGCCUGACUGCCCCACAACCUUCAACUUUGACUUUGAAGUUGUUGAGGAGGUUCCGGAGAUGCGUCGCAUGAUUCUGGACGAGGUGAUGCGCUUCCGGCAGAUGGUCCGUACGGUGCCUGCGGCGGGCCCUGCCCUAACGCAGCAGCAGCAGCAGCAGCAGAGCCAGGUGCCGAUGCCGCAGGGCUCGACACAGUGGAAGUCGGAGGACCCGCGUCCCCAGGAGUACAUGGGCGGGCCCAACGGCCUGGAGCAGGACCUGGCCGGUGGUCUGGACGCCGGGAUGAGAUAG